GAGUUUCAGAUUAGUUAGGACUUACGAUUGCCAUUUUUUGUGUAUCAAUCAAAAUAAACAAAGCAAAUCAGGGUUUUAAUUUUCCAGUUUGACACCCAGACCGUGUCUAAGGACAGAAGCUACUGGCGGCAGUUUAUCAAACUCAACUGUCUUCACUUACAGACACUAAACACACACGCUGAAUAAAGCAGCAGACCCAGAUCUCAGCAAGCAAGAUUGUUUCGAAAUGGCAUCUGAUACACAAGGCAGUGUGGAGUUGAAGCAGGAACCACCGCAGAGGAUACAGAUAUAUCCCACCCCAAGCAAUGAAGUUCCCCCAUUCUGGAGACUGAAGUAUGAAAGAGAAGCGAAGAAGUACUGGGAUAAUUUCUACAAGCGCCAUCAAGACAGGUUUUUCAAGGAUCGACACUACUUGGACAAAGAAUGGGGACAAUACUUUUCUGGAGCGGGAAAGAAAGUUGUAUUGGAGAUUGGCUGUGGAGCUGGAAACACAGUCUUUCCUUUAGUUGCUACGUAUCCGGAUAUUUAUGUUCAUGCAUGUGAUUUCUCACCGCGGGCUGUGGAGUUGGUUAAGACGCAUAAAGAUUUUAUAGAGACUCGGGUGAAUGCAUUUGUUUGUGAUCUGACAGCUGAGGACCUAACUAAGCAAAUAUCUCCAGCUUCAGUUGACAUUGUCACCAUGAUAUUUGUCUUAUCUGCAGUAUCCCCUGAGAAGAUGUCUCAAGUGUUGCAAAACAUAAAAAUGGUUCUCAAGCCUAAUGGUUUUGUUUUGUUCCGCGACUAUGCUGCCGGGGACCUCGCUCAGGAAAGACUUGCUUCGAAGGAUCAAAAGAUCAGUGAGAACUUCUAUGUCAGGGGUGAUGGCACUCGCGCGUUCUACUUUUCUGAAGAAUUCUUGCGAAAGUUGGUCAAGCAAAUUGGAUUUGAUACCAAAGAGCACAGUAUACACUGCAAGCAAGUGGAAAAUCGUUCACGAGAAAUAGUUAUGAAUCGGCGAUGGGUUCAGGCUGUCUUCCAAUUAAACAGUUUGAGCUACUCAUCCAUCACUGAGACUGAAAUUAAGCUACAACUCCUUUCGAAGGAGAGUUCUAAGUCUGAUAACAGAGUGAUAGAGUCUGCAACUGAUUCUGAGAUUGACGUGUCAGAAGGAAUUAUUGAAAUGUUUGGUAUGUCAAAUUCUAGAAAUGAGAUUAUUGAGGUAAAUGUAAGAGACUGGAGUUUCAAGAUAAAAGUACUUCCUAAAGAGAACCAGCACACAUGCAAAUCAACUGGUUUGAUGCUAUGGGAAUCAGCUCAUCUUAUGGCUCAUGUCCUUGCAACAAAUCAACAUAUUGUUGCAGGGAAAAAGGUGUUAGAGCUGGGUUGUGGGUGCGGAGGAAUCUGUUCAAUGAUUUCUACUGAAUCUGCUGACCUUGUUGUGGCAACUGAUGGAGAUGAAAAGGCACUUGAACUAAUGUCCGAAAAUGUUAGUUCAAAUCUCCAAUCCUCUUCACUAUCCAAACUUAUCGUGAAGAGGCUAGAGUGGGGUAAUAAAGACCAUAUAGAAGAAAUUAAGGAUUUAAAAUCAGGUGGGUUCGAUGUCAUUAUAGGAACAGAUGUCACUUAUGUUGCAGAAGCUAUUUUGCCCUUGUUUGCAACUGCGAAAGAAUUGAUUUCAUCUAACAAAAACAUCAAUCAAGAAUCAGAACCAGCUUUUAUAUUAUGCCAUAUAUUUCGCAGAGUUGAUGAACCCUCUAUACUUUCAGCUGCUUCUAAAUUUGGUUUUAGGCUCAUUGCUAGGUGGCCCGAUGAAUCUGUGACUGCCUCUUCUCAUAGCAUUAUCAGUGAUUGGUUCAAAGAAGAUACUGAAGAUGAGUGCCUUCCCAGUAAAGCGUUGAAUAUUAUGUACUUCACUAUAUCGUAACCAGUUCAAACUUGUUUAGAAAUUAUCUAUAGCAUACUGAAAUUUAUGGAACGCAGGAUAGUUGUUAGUCCCGUUUUGGGGAUGUAUCCCAUACCUGUUUGAGUCUCGUAUAACGCUGAUUUUACAGUACAUUGUUUUGUAACAUGAAUAUUGCUACAUCUCAUACAUGUCAGUAAUAGCAAUGACAAUGUCGAAUUCAUCUUGUGGAAUGAAAUUGUGGAAGUUGCCAUUUCUGUC